AGUCAGAUGUUGGCAAGGGUUGGCAUUAAAAUACCCGCAGUUUACAUUAUGCAGUUUAGGCAUAUUUUCGUUGUUUUUUGUUUACUGCAGAUUGACUGAAUUUUGAGCAAAAGUUGGGGUUUUUGCACACUAGAGAAUCGUUCGCUAGCGUAGGUGUAGGUACACGUGGGGGACUAGUUUAAUUGCUAAAAACUGGCAAUUAGUAAAGAUGUUACACGGUCUCAAUGUGCUGAUCAACGCCACAGCGGCAUCAUGGAACUAUCUGAGAAAUAAAGUGGAAUCAGCAAGUGGGCCCAGACGUGAUAAGAGUGUCACGAUUCUACAAAGAUGCGAAGCAGGGGAAGUUCGUUAGCUAUUUACAUCCAGAUGCGACGACUCUGUAUGAAAGUUUUAGGCGAGGAGCCAAAGUUUCAAAUAACGGACCGUGUCUGGGCUGGAGGGAAUCUUACUCCAAGCCCUACCAAUGGCUCACCUACAACGAGACUUUGCUGAGGGCCAGAAAUCUCGGCUCCGGAUUGGUCGAGAUCGGCCUAAAGCCCGGACCGAACACAAUGAUUGGCAUCUAUGCGAUCAAUUGUCCAGAAUGGAUUUUGGUCGAACAGGCCGCGUAUUGCUACAGCAUGGUGAUAGUUCCUUUGUAUGACACUUUGGGUGCUGACGCGUGUUCUUUUAUUAUUAAGCACGCUGAAAUUCAAGUGAUUUUGGUAGAAGACGACACAAAAUGCAACUCGAUAUUAGAGAAGUCGCCUAGAUGUUUAAAGAAGUUAAUAGUGUUUAAGGAUGUGCGGCCAGCGACCAAACAGAGGGCCAAAAACAUGGGAAUUGAAAUACUCAAGCUUCAAGACGUGGAGCUUUUGGGGUCCAAAGCGAACAAUCCAGAAAUUCCGCCCAAACCUGCAGAUAUGUGCACGAUUUGCUACACGAGCGGCACCACUGGUCAACCGAAAGGAGUGAUGCUCACUCACGAAAACGUUGUGGCUUCUAUGAGCUCAGUGGUUCUACAGUUUGGGGAUCACCGGCUAAAGAGUGACGAUGUUAUGCUCUCUUUCCUGCCUUUGGCCCACAUGAUGGAACGCUGCUGUGAAUGUGCAAUGUACAUGCAAGGCGGCUCCGUCGGGUUCUUCAUGGGCGACGUCCGAAGACUGUCCGAUGACAUGAAAGCCCUCAAGCCCACAGUUACACCUGCAGUGCCUCGACUUUUGAACCGCAUCUACGACAAAGUGCAGGCGGACAUCAAUGGGAACUGCAUCAAAAAGAUGCUGUUCAACAUGGCCUUAAGCUCAAAGGAGAGCGAACUGAAGAGGGGCAUCAUACGGAAGAACAGCAUGUGGGACAUGAUCGUGUUCAGAAAGGUGCAAGAAGGAAUGGGCGGUCGGCUCAGAUUGAUGUUGGUCGGCUCAGCGCCGUUAGCCGACAACGUGCUCACUUUUGUACGCUGUGCCAUGGGCUGCGUGGUGGUCGAAGGCUACGGCCAAACAGAGUGCUGCGCCCCGGUUACCCUAACCAUACAGGGUGAUCAUGUGCCUGGACACGUGGGGCCUCCUCUAGCAUGCUGCUGCAUCAAGCUGUCUGAUGUCCCGGAAAUGGAAUAUUGGUCCAGGAACAAUCAGGGCGAAGUAUGCGUUAAAGGUACNAACGUGUUCAAGGGAUACUUUAAAGACCCGGAAAAGACGGAGGAAGUGGUGGAUGACCAAGGAUGGCAUCAUACCGGCGAUAUCGGGAUGUGGAUGCCAAAUGGUACACUAAAAAUCAUCGACAGAAGGAAGCACAUUUUCAAGUUAUCCCAGGGCGAGUACAUCGUCCCGGAAAAAAUCGAGAACAUCUACAUACGGUCCCAAUAUGUGGCUCAAGUUUUCGUACAUGGGGAAUCCUUGAAAUCCUGCAUUAUAGCUGUAGUGGUGCCAGAUGUAGAUGUAAUAAAAUGCUGGGCACAAGAAAACGGCAUCAGUGGCACCUUCAGCAUUUUGUGCAACCAUCCAGAGGUCAAGCAACUUAUCAUCGACGAUAUGGUGUCUUGGGGCAAGGAAAGCGGCUUAAAGUCGUUCGAACAGGUGAAAGACAUUUAUCUGCAUCCGGACCCAUUCAGUGUGCAAAACGGCCUGUUAACGCCCACGUUGAAGAGCAAACGUCCUCAACUGAAGACGUACUUCAAACCGCAGCUAGACGACAUGUACAGCCGACUCACUUAGGGCUUGUGCCUAAUCAACAGCCCCUGAUGCUGUUGAACGUUUUUCUUUAGUAUAAGGCACUCCACUGUUCUUGCCAAACCGUCGAAUCUCCCCAGUUUGGGAGCAUUGAGUGAAUACCAACCGAUUAAGGAAUAUUUAGUUGUUGCAUUUUUUAGAUACGUAUCGUGAUCCCUAGUAAAAAUUUUACAUGAUAACUGAUAUGGGUGAUAUUAAGCAGUUGUAUGAACUGCGGGCUGCUUUCCGGCAGUCUUUUGUAGACCAUUUUAUAAUGUUCAGAGACCAACUGCUGACUGUCGGUCGUUUUCUUGGACGAGCAAUAUUUUGCAAGUGAUAGAAAAUAUCUCCCUGUGCACUUAAGUUUAAUUUAACUUAACAUACUUAGGAUAUUUGCUGAAAUUGAGGUAAUUACUCACCGUUCAGCCGUUAGUUAGUCCAUUUUCAAUCGUACAAAAUUGAGAUUUUAACUAUUUUCUAGUUUACUGGAAUCUUUUAGCUUUAACCAGCUUUAUAACUCAUAAAUCUCUUCCGGUAAGCUCGAAUAGCCAACCGUGUUGGAGCAAUCAUCGCGCCGUACGAGUGGCUUUACGAAUUAAACGUUUCUUGUCCAGCAAACCGCAACAUUGCAAUAGCUAGAAAAGUAAAUUAAGUUGGUGAUGCCUUCGGCAACGCUUUAAUAGCCUUGGAUCAACCAUUCGAAUCAACAAUUUGAUAUUUGCUUUUUCAGCACCCCUUUUUUCUAGAUUAAAUUGUUUUUGAAUUAUUUAUUGUAACAGUUAUUCUAGGUAAUAUAAAUAAAACUAGAAAAA